UUUAUGGAACCUUCUUCAGUCGGCUUCUUGUACGGGGAUGAUACCUCACGAUACAUCUAUAGAGGCUCCUGUGUCGCCACAAGUCUGUAGAGAGUUCUAUGUCACGACACGUCUGUAGAGGGCACUGUGUCUCGACACGUCUCUAGGGGUCGCUGUCCCUCUACAUACAGGAAACGGCCACCGCCCCCGAGCCUGAAGGAAAUUACCUCACAUCAGGUCGUGACUGAGGACGGAUUCCCGCCAGAACUGAGCCCACCUCAGAGGAGCGGGUGCGGCUGAGCAGAUAGUGUCGGCUGGGGGUGACAGGAACAGUUGUCACUGACUAAAGAAGCUGAAGCCGGAUCUUCUCAAGCUCAGAGAAAUGGAAGUUAUGAAGCUUUGUCCAGCUGUGGACGGUGUGUGCAGAUUCCUCUAUGAGCAGCUGGUCAUCCUUUUCCACGACCAUGAAUGUGGCCAAUGUCAGAGAACAUACAACAUACUUCAGUACAGUGCUUUACCCUUGUGUCAGAGCGUGGAUGCCGUACUUAGCCACAUGAAGUAUUGCAGAGCUGGGAUGUCCUGUCAAAUUCCCAGUUGUUCUUCCGUAAGAGUCAUCGUGUCACAUUGGAAGGUGUGCAGAAACAAAGAGUGCCCUGUUGCUUUGAAUCUAAGUAAAGAUCGCAAAGGAAACAUCCAGUUGCUUUUACAAGCAGAGGUGAAAUCGUUUUCGGCUAUGGAAACCACUUGCCAACACAUCAAUAAGCAGCUGAUCCUGCUGUUCCUCAAACACGAUUGUGAGGCGUGCGUAGAAAUACAUUACCAGCAUUACAGCGAUCUGCCCCUGUGCCACAGCGUGGACGCCAUGCUCAGUCACAUGAAGUUCUGCAGAGCUGGGAUGUCCUGCAAAGUUCCCGGAUGCCCCGCCGCUCGAGUAAUUAUUUCACAUUGGAAAGUUUGCAAGGACCAGUAUUGUCCUGUGAUCUGGAACCUGAGUAAAGAUCGCAAGCCGAAUAUUCAGAAGCAGAUAUGUCAGAAAGCCAUGUUGCCGUCUGUCUGGUAUUUUGGUAGGGACUCUGCUAAAAACUUCCGCCAGACCCUGUUUGUGAUGUUUCACGCCUGGAGCUGCAUCUAUCGUCAGAAGUCUGGUGGAUUUGGUUGCGGCCUUCCUCAGUGCCAAACAAUGAAGGCCUUGCUCAGACACACCGAGACCUGUGUAGAAGGACCUCUCUGCAAGGAUUCCAGGUGCAUCGCGAUCAGAUUCCUCUUCAUACAUUACAUGAUCUGUAUACGGAGAGACUGCAAGAUAUGUUGGCCCGUGAGGAGUGUGAUAAAGCAGCUAUGUGGGACUGAUGACCCCUCCACCAGCCGUCCAGUUAACCAGAUGUACGAGGGGAUACCUGUUACCACCACUACAGUAUCCAAUGACACCACAGACCUGUGGUUUUCUGCUCUGCUCUACAAAUGCUUGCUUACAAAGGAACCUCUGAUUGGUCCACCUUUGUUCCAGAGAGAGAACCAGCAAAAAAACAUACGUACUAGGAGAUGGGAGAAGAGAUCCAGAGUCCUUUACAAGUGGAUGAGGAAGCCUCCUUGUAGAUGGAGACACUAUAGAUCCAUUCAGCUUCGCAUGAGAGGGAAUGGCCGUCUGUCAUCACUUUCCCUUUAAAAGAAAUUGAACAACCAGUGUGAUAUCUUUGAUCAGGUCCUGAUGGGGCAGCUGCAUGACCUUCCCCUCUUCCUAGACAUGUGGCAUAAGAGCACAACAACACAACCCCAUUAUUCCUGCAGAAAAGGUACCGACCCCCUGUUAUUCUUACAGAAAAGUUAUAAGAGCUGUUGGGAUUAUACUUUUUUUUUUUUUUUUUACUCCUUGAAAAGAGUUUUUCCUUAUCUGUAAUCUGCAGCCAUUUUAUGCUGCCCUCUACAGUUUCAAUUUUGUUACUUGAUAUAAGAGUUUGAUGUGUAAUGUUUUGCUGUUGUUUACUUUACAUUUUCAUUGCAAAUUC